UUGAGAUUCUCCACCACCAGUCCACCACACACUUAUUUUCUUUCCUUUCUCUUCAUAAACAAUAUAGAAAGAGAGAUAAGAGUAUAAAAGUUGCAAAAUUUAUGGGUUGUUAUAACUUAUAGCAAUAACCCUCCCCUUGCUUUUUAUUCUCCUCUCACUUUAUCAUUAUUUCUUGUUUCACCAUCAAGAAUUUUAUUUUCAGUCUUAUACCAUUGAUUAGUACUCCAUACUACUGAAUCAAACAUCCAAGAAUUCUGAAAAGUGUUCCUUGAGUAAAACAGAAUGGGUUCUUUAUGCUGUUCUUGCUGUACCAUGUUCUUGAUUAGCUUGAGUUUUCUAUCCAUUUUUAAAGGUGCUACAAGUGCAACGUUUACAUUAGUUAACAAAUGCGAGUACACCGUAUGGCCUGGAACCUUAGGCACUCCAAAGCUAGACUCGACAGGCUUUGAGCUACCAAAAGGCACCACCCGCUCCUUUCAAGCUCCAACAGGCUGGUCCGGCCGUUUCUGGGGAAGAACAGGCUGCAACUUCGACAGCUCCGGCCAAGGUUCCUGCUCCACCGCAGAUUGUGGCUCGAGCCAACUUGAAUGCAACGGAAACAGUGCUGCUCCACCGGCAACUUUAGCAGAAUUUACACUUGGUUCUGGCUCACAAGAUUUCUAUGAUGUUAGUCUUGUUGAUGGCUAUAACUUGCCUAUGCUCGUUGAAGUGAACGGUGGCUCAGGUCAGUGUGCGUCCACAGGCUGUGUUACUGACCUUAAUAGGAAGUGUCCUGCUGAGCUCAGAGUGGAGGGCGGCAAUGCUUGCCGGAGUGCCUGUGAAGCUUUUGGUACUCCUGAGUAUUGUUGUAGCGGCGAGUAUAGUUCACCCACUGUUUGUAAGCCUUCUUCGUAUUCGGAAGUGUUCAAAAAUGCUUGUCCGAAAUCUUAUAGUUAUGCUUUUGAUGAUGCUUCAAGUACUUUUACGUGCACUGGUGCUGAUUAUACCAUCACAUUUUGUCCCAAUUCUCCCAGUCUAAAAUCUGCUGGAGAUUCGGAUCCAAAGACAGCCGACGAGACCGGCACCGGAACAGAGGAAGGAUUGGGGAUCGCAGGGUCAGGAGAAGUAGAACAAGCUACACUAGCAAGUUCAUGGCUAGCAAGUUUAGCAACGGGAGAUUCAACGACAACCCGCCACUCUUUUUCACUACUUUUGGCGACAGCAUCUUUUAUUUUUUGCUACAUUCAUUUGUAGUUAAGAGCCCCUCACUAAUUGAUGAUCACUUUUUCGAUGGUGGAAACUUUGAGAGAAAUUGAGCAUUGAAAAAGGAAAAAAAGGAAUCAAGAACAUGGGACCGAUCAAUUAUGAAAGUUGACAAAUCAAGAUAUGUAAAAGACCCACUCCCAAAUCUUGCAUAUUAUAAUUAGAUGCUUAACACAUCAUAUUAAUUAUGUAAAGUAUAUUAGUAUUAGUCUAGAAGUAGAAUAUUUAAUUUUUUUCUUCUUUUCAUGUCUUCUAUCUUGUAUGGUAAAGUAAUCUUAGCUAUCAAUGCUACAAUAA